AUGUUCAAGAAAAAGCCAUCAAUCAAACCACUCGCACCUCUUCGGUCCUCUGAUCGGAGGAAGAUCGCAGACAAGAUCAUCCAGGAAUACGGCAUCUCAGUCCCAGAGGCACCAGCAGCUCAGCCUGAAGCUGACGAGACAUCAGCCCAGCCCGCCACAACCACCCCUAGCCUCUCAUCUAUUCGAAACUCGCUUCUGCCAGAGAACACUCUAGCAGGACGCUUUUCGACCACUGUGGGACCUGACUUACAACUUGUUCAUGGUACUUUGUACGUUGGAACGCACCCAGACGGUGAAGAGCGAGUAUUAUGGAUCAGACUUGAGCAAGGACCAGGAACAGAUGGAAGAAUAUACCCCACAGUAUAUUCACUAUGGCGCAACCCAGGGCUGGUUCCCUUGCUGUGCACAACGGGACAUGUUAUGGAGAAGCUCUACAAUGGCGCAGAUCUGAUGACCCCAGGUCUUACAAACGGCCCCCCAUUCCCAGCAGGAGCUGUGAAAGGGUCCGUCGUUGCUGUCUCGAGUUUGGAUAAACCGAGCGUUCCCACAUUCGUAGGCGUAUGUGAGAUUGAUGUUGCUAGCCUAACACAGGUACAAGGCGCAAAGGGACAUGCUGUCAGGGGGAUACAGUGGGAGGGUGAUGAGCUAUGGAGCUGGGGUUCGACUGGAAAGUCUGGUCAGCCAUCGCCAGAUCACUUGGAUGGCUGGAUUGGAGAACCCGAAGCGACAGAAGAGAAACUCCAGGACCUAGAACUAGGCGAUGAUGAAGAUUUAGAUGGAGGCGCGGAUGGCGGUGUUCCUAUUAACGAACCUCCAGAGGAAGAACAGAGGGUAGGGGGGGAGGAGGAAGAAGAAAAAGAUGGGGAAGAAGAGCUUCCGCCUCCAACUACAAAAGAAAUCGAUGAUGCCUUCGAGAAAGCAUUCAUAUAUGCGCUCUACCAGCACAAGAAAGACCACCCUGGAGACCAAAACCAUGGCUUGUCAUUCCCCAUCCAGCCAUCGUUCUUGAUAUCCAACUUGAUCACUCCAUUCUUGCCAAUAUUUUCGCCAAACCAGGCUCAAUAUUACCAGAUCAAGAAGACAUCCUGGAAGAACGUUAAGAAGUUUGUCAAGCAUCUCGAUAAGAUAAAGUUACUCAAGUCAAAGGAUAGAGGAGGGGAAACAAUAGUCAUGGAUGUUGAUUUUGACGACAUCCUUGUCGACCAGUUUGUCCCUUACCGGUUGCCCAAGAAGACGAGCUCAGGGGGCGCAAAGCCAAAGGCUGCCUCUGGAAAUACUUCAGGAAGCGUGUCAUCCGAUCAGGUUAACGUUAAGACACUCUACCGCCCAAGCAGCAAGCUGGUACCUGAUCUAUUCCCACCCUUAUCCAACACCGACGUGAACAACUACUACUCAGCCUCUGAUGUCUCUAAACGCCUGAACGAUUACAUUUCCUCACAAGAUCCACCGAUCAUCUCUCCCUCUAAUCCUCGGAUUCUCACUCUCAAUGCUUUCAUCAGCAACAAGAUUAUCCCUUCCAACGAUAUUGCGACUCUUUCCCGCGGAACCAUCCCACGAGAUGCUCUGCUGAAAAGGUUACUCCAGGACCCUUCGUUAUGUGCACCUUUCCAUGCAAUCCUUAAACCCAACCAGACACUCUCAGAUGUGAAGCCCAAGCCCGGUGCCCUCCCAAAGGCAACCAUAACCAUUGAACGCCGCACGGGAUCCAAGUUGGGUACCAAAGUAGCUGGCCUAGAUAGAUUUGGCAUAUCACCCCAGCUACUAGCAGAUGAGCUAUCGAAGAAGUGUGCGAGUAGCACCAGUGUUAGCCAGGCAGUUGGUGCUGCCAAGGGGGAGAUGGAAGUCUUUCUUCAGGGUGACCACCGAGGGGUAGUAGAGAAACUGCUUGUUAGCAAGGGUCUCAAAUCUCAGUGGAUAAGCAUUGUGGACAAGUCUAAGAAGAAAUGA